AUGCAACAUCAGCCUCAGCAUGGGGCACACAUACAUACAUGGUUGGCGGCAUCCGGUUUCGGAUUUGCCUGUCACUGUGGCAAGCCACAGGACGCCUGCGCCUACAGAGGGACCAUGGAUGGCUUGCGCUGCACCACCCACAGCUCCAACCACAUACCCCAUAUCCAGUGUAAACCCGAAGGAAUAAGACCGGGAGGCAUGCGGAUGGGAACCACGUUUCAUCAACGGAGCCGGCCCACACUCCUUCACAGGCAAACACAAGCACGCUGUAUUUGGGGAAUCAACCGCACACAAGGCGGUGGCUGGACCGUAGUCCGCUCCACACUGAGUGCAUGGAACCGCUCUUUGAGCCUAGCACGGCCACAAGAACCGUGCACCCCGUCCCCUCCAGCAACGACCAACUGUCUCCUGGAGCCAGUAUGAACGAUGUAGUGGGUAAUAGACAGGUAGGCACCUUGUCAACAUACACAUCAAGCGCAACCAUACCAGGGAUAUCAAACAACAGCCAUUCAAUUUAAACGACAAGCUGAAAUAAAAUAAAUCCAAUAAUGCAUACAGAUACGGUGGCAUAACUCUUCGCUAAAUUACCAUAUGAAGUAAGUUGGUCAGCAACAAAUCCGUGAUAAGUAAGAAAUGUCCACAAGUUACUUAAAAUGCUACAAACGCAACAAAAUUACCGAAGAUAAGCGCAAUUAGUGUAAGCAACGUGGCCAGUUAAUAGAACAUUAUUCAGGGAGGCAGAACAAACCAAAUAAAGCGGAAUGAAAUUUAUCCAGCUUAAAAAGACCUAGUUUAAGUGUAAGUUGGUUUAGCCCAACUGCGGUGAAGAAGCAUCAAGAAUGCAACAUCAGCCUCAGCAUGGGGCACACAUACAUACAUGGUUGGCGGCAUCCGGUUUCGGAUUUGCCUGUCACUGUGGCAAGCCACAGGACGCCUGCGCCUACAGAGGGACCAUGGAUGGCUUGCGCUGCACCACCCACAGCUCCAACCACAUACCCCAUAUCCAGUGUAAACCCGAAGGAAUAAGACCGGGAGGCAUGCGGAUGGGAACCACGUUUCAUCAACGGAGCCGGCCCACACUCCUUCACAGGCAAACACAAGCACGCUGUAUUUGGGGAAUCAACCGCACACAAGGCGGUGGCUGGACCGUAGUCCGCUCCACACUGAGUGCAUGGAACCGCUCUUUGAGCCUAGCACGGCCACAAGAACCGUGCACCCCGUCCCCUCCAGCAACGACCAACUGUCUCCUGGAGCCAGUAUGAACGAUGUAGUGGGUAAUAGACAGGUAGGCACCUUGUCAACAUACACAUCAAGCGCAACCAUACCAGGGAUAUCAAACAACAGCCAUUCAAUUUAAACGACAAGCUGAAAUAAAAUAAAUCCAAUAAUGCAUACAGAUACGGUGGCAUAACUCUUCGCUAAAUUACCAUAUGAAGUAAGUUGGUCAGCAACAAAUCCGUGAUAAGUAAGAAAUGUCCACAAGUUACUUAAAAUGCUACAAACGCAACAAAAUUACCGAAGAUAAGCGCAAUUAGUGUAAGCAACGUGGCCAGUUAAUAGAACAUUAUUCAGGGAGGCAGAACAAACCAAAUAAAGCGGAAUGAAAUUUAUCCAGCUUAAAAAGA